AUGUUAGUAACUGGAAAUGACUGUCCAAUCAAAACUGGAAGGGAUGAAGCAAUUCGCAUUUGCCCUAAGCAAGGAGAUAUGUGCUCUGAGGAGUAAGUCUCUGGAGGGCCGAGGUGUGGUUAUGAUUGAAGGUUAGGUUAUGGACAUUGCCAGCCACACCAAGUGGCAUAAAGUCAAAAGCUGUAACAUGCCCCUUUUCCUAUUUGUGUGACCUCAGAUUUAUAUUGUGUACAUGUAUAUAUGUGCACAGUAUUCUCUUUAUUUUGUGCUUUCACAGACUAAGAGUUAAUGUCCUGGUUUCAAUGCAGCCCAAGAUUGCAUUUUGCUGGUGGUCUUUAUGGUCUUGCAUGUUGUUGCUGAUCUGUGUGUGAUUUUUAUUUUAUUUUUUGUUUCUUGUAUCUUAAUGAUUAUAAUCCCUCCCAUUGACAUGCUUUUAUUUUUAUAUAUAUAUAUAUAUCUAUUAUAUAUAUAAUUUUAUUUAUUUAUUUUCUUCCUUAUGCUUGCCCACAAUAUCUGGGUGUCUUCUUUUUCUUCUCUCUGUCCAUGAUGUCUGCAAUUUGCAUUGCUUUGGAAAUCUUUUGAUGGAUUGUGGGUAAAUUAGCUUAGCAACUGAAAUGGAACAUGGCUUAAGCUUUGACCAUUGCUAAAGGUCACUCUCCCCGUGACAAAAAAAUAGUGUCUACUUUGUGUUAAAGGAACACCUUAGGGUCAGGACUACAAAUGUGUUUAAAUCACAUAAGAUGAUCACUUGCCCCCUUUAAUAUAGUUAAAAACUCGCCUUAUUUCCAGCGCCACAGGAUUCUGCCAAUGUUCACAGCCAAUCACAAUGCUUUCUCACAAGAAAACAUUGGAUUGGCUUAGAUUGUCAAUUCUGAUUCCAAGGAGGCAGGUCGGGGGUGGGGCCAAAUGCUGCCCUAGCCAAUAAGCAUUUCCUCAUAGAGAAUACAUCUAUAUGUAAUAAUACAUCUCAUAGUGAUACAGUGCGUCUCCAUGGGGCGCAGGGCGUGGAGAUGCUGAUCACCAGUGCUGCAAACUGUGCAGCACUAAUACAGGAAGCGCCUCCAGUGGGCAUCUAAGGAGUGGCCACUGGAGGUGUUCCUAGGUGCUAAUGUGAACACUGCCUAUUUUUCUGAAAAGACAGUGUUCACAGCAAAAAGCCUGCAGGGACAUGGUAUACAAACCAGAGCAAUUGCAAUUAGCUGUAGUUUUUCUGUGACUAUAGUGUCCCUUUAAGUCAAGAAUGUCAAACUUGCGGCCCGCCUGCCCUGGGGCCGGUUUGUGCUGUAGCUGCGACCAGCCACAAGGCAGGAAAGACCGCGGGCUCCCGUGCCCGCUAGUGCGAAGAGUGGCUGUGUCCCUCCUGCUCGCAGUGCCAGAGAAGCGUGUGGCCUGCUUAAAGAGAAGUGACAUACCUGGAACUGGAGGACGGGCAGCUCAUUUUACGGUAGGGCAAGAGGUACUUGGGGAAUUUUCCUGUGUAGUGUGUCAAUUUGGGGAGGGCAGUGUAUUAAAUUAAGGAGGGGGAGGGCAAUGUAUUAAAUUGGGGGAAGGAGGAUGCAAUUUAUUAGUGGUGAUGUGGAGCAGUGUAUUAGAGUGGUGGGACGGGCAGUAUAUUUCAGUCCCAUUACCAAACUUUUCUUAAUGUGUCAAGAUAGUUGGAUUGAAACAUUAGUCAUAUGCAAAUGCACGUCUCUAAGAUAAAUUCGCUUUUUGAAGCCCUACAAGUGUGAGGACGUCCAGUGUCGGUUAAGCAACUUUUCUUUUUAUACUAUACUCUUUGAAAUACACCUACAUUUCUAUGAAAACUGACGUUUUUUUUUUUUGUUUGUUUAUUUUUUAAAGCCUACGUAAACACAAUCCUUGUUUAUUUAGCCCAUGUAAGCCUUUGAGUUUGACAUGCUUGCUUUAAGUAUAACAAAUUUAAAAAAAACUAAUGUAAAUUUAAAAAUUAAAAUGAAAAAAUGUUGCAAUGGAGGGACAAAAAAGGACUUUGAAAAUCUGCAAAUUGAUAAUGCUGCCUAAAGUUUUGACUGCUUUACAAAGCCUGUAUGACCCAAGUAGCAGCACUCUAAUGCAUAUUUUCCUCGUAGUAGUAGUAGUAGUAUUUGCACUAUACAAAGGACCCAUAACAGAUGUUUUGGAUGGGUUGUCUGCUUUAGAUCAGUUCUUGCUGGCCCCCUCAUGUCUGCAUCCAGCAAUAGCCCUUACAUGCCGUGAUUGGAGUUCAGAGGCUCCCCAGUAUCACUCUUUGGCAAUGGACAUUCUUUGGCUGUGGUAUAGUGCUACAUUGCUGCAUCACUAGUUUGGUUCUCAGCAAUAGCCACAUCCCAACAUGAUCUGUGAGACAUGCUGCAUAGGCAGCCUUUCAAUUACAGAUGUACAUGUACUUCAAUCCUCAUUAAAACUGUUAGUGAUGGCUACAUACAUUGUAAUUCAGCUGUCAAUAAGGUGUUAAUCAUUUUCCUCCUUUUCUUUUAUUUGUUUUGUACCUUUUUGUGUCAACUAGCUGUUUGCUUGCAUUUGGUUCAACUUUUUAUUUUCUUAUAUAUAAUCUGUUAUUUUAUUUUCUUGUUCUGCCAUUUUAUUUAGAUUUCAUUCAUAUGACUUUGACUACCCUGCCCACUUAAACAGUGUGUGUGUGUGUGUGUGUGUGUGUGUGUGUGUGUGUGUAUGUAUAUGUGUGUGUAUAUAUACAUAUAUAUAUAUAUAUAUAUAUAUAUAAUUUAUUUAUUUUUUUUAUUUUUUUUCUCCUAUACAGUUAUUUUUGCCAGCUUGUGGACGGUCUGGAAUAUCUUCACAGUCAGGGCAUUGUCCACAAAGACAUCAAACCUGGGAAUUUGCUGCUUACAACAGACGGGACGCUCAAAAUCUCAGACCUAGGAGUGGCGGAGGUAGGUUGUGAGGGAUCAGGGGGUCACUCCCGAGGAAUGCCGCCUCUGCAGUGGGGCAUGGCAGUUUGGGGUCACCUCCUCUCUCUCCACAGGCCUUACACCCAUUUGCUGAGGGUGACACAUGCAGGACCAGCCAGGGGUCCCCAGCUUUCCAGCCUCCAGAGAUCGCCAAUGGUCUGGACACCUUCUCAGGGUUUAAAGUGGACAUCUGGUCAGCUGGCGUGACGUUGUGAGUUUUCCAUAGUGCACAUGUCACCGAAUGUUCCAUGCCAAGGCCUCCUCCCCCACCUCUUUUUUUUCCUCUGUAUCAUCUGUUUUAUAGCUUUCAUAAUUUUCAGUAGAUACAGGAAACCUUUUGCACGUUUGACAUCCUUCUUAUUACUAAAAUGCCACCUAAGGUGCUUCUCGUUUAACUGCCUUCUCCCUGCACAGGUAUAAUAUCACAACUGGGCUGUACCCCUUUGAGGGAGACAAUAUAUACAAACUGUUUGAGAAUAUUGGUAAGGGAGACUACACCAUACCUGAGGACUGUGGGCCCCUUCUUUCUGACCUACUGAAAGGUGAGAGAGAGGUUAAAGGCAACAGAACAUUGACACCUAAAGAAUUGUUGAUUUUGGCAGGGCUGAUGUUGCAUUAAGUAAGUCAUUUGGGCAUUAAUCAACAAGGAAUCGUGCUGGGAAUUAUAUAUGUUGUAAUGUGGUAUGAAGCAUAACGUAACUUAAAUGUAAAAAAAGCACAUGCUAGGAUGGUGCAAGUAAGAUAUAUACGAUAAAAGGAACAUGUAUGAAAUGUAGUACUAGUGGGAUUUUGCAAGUAGGGGAGAAUGUGGGAGUGAAUAAAAAGACAGCAGGGGUUGGCCUAUAAAUAAGGUGCUGUAUGUACCAUAAAGUAGUGUAGCUGUAGGAUGUAGAUCAAACAAGCAGGUGUGGGAGAGUUAAAUCUGAAAGACUAAUCAAAAAAUGUAUUUCAUUAAUAAUUUAAAGGUGAGAAAACAUAGACUGUAAACUUCAAAGAGAACGGUAAUUCACAUCACUAGCAAUAAUGGAUAGUUUUACAAAUACAGCACUUUUAAAUGCGUUUUUUAACUGCAUUUAUCAUUUUGCAUUUUGAGAAUGUUGUACUAAGUUUACAUCUUGUUGGAGUUUGUAGAGUUUGAAAUACAGACUAUAAGAUGGAAACGUUGACAGAGGCAGGGGAGCAAAGUAUGUGGAUGAGCGAAUUGGGCUUAUGCUUAUGCAGGGAUGUAAGGUAGAAAGAGUUGUGAUUGAUACUGUAGUACCAUACUUGGAAUUGGGUUAUAAGUGAGAAGUGCAGAAUUGAGUGAGUUAUGGAGCAAUUAAGGGAAUUUUAGAUGACGAAGAUUAAUGUCUUUGCUAAAGGAGUGUAAAGGAAUAAGAAAGUAAAUGGUGUGUAGCUGAAGGAGUUGGUGUAUUACAUGCAUUGCAUUAACAUAUAUACUCAGGUAAUCAGCAGACUGGUGAAAACCGUUGAUGCCCAGAAUUGAAGAGUGGAAAGGCUGAUGGCUUGUAAGACAUCAGAAAUAUGUUAAAAAUGGGCCUUUAGCUGAAAAGUUCAUAAUCCUUCAGAUACACUCUAUUUAUAUAAGAACACUUAGGACAUACUUGAAAAUGAGCGAAAUCUCAAUGUAUCUUUCCUGGUAAAAUAUUUAAUAAAUACAUUUUUUACAUGUUCAAUAAACAUAUAAGUUAUGAAAAACACACAUUUUAGAAAUUUUUAUAAUUGCUGUUUAAUGCUGCAUGCACUGUGAUAGGAAUUCUGCCUUUAUUCUAAAUGCCUUUGGGGAGUAAAGUUACUGACUAAUGUCAAGGAAGUGUUCCACGCAUCCCUUCUUGUUAUCCCCUUGCUUACCUGCUUUCUCUGAUUAAGGAUUACAGCAAUACAUUUUAAAAGAUACUAAUCCUAGAUGCACCUUUUAAAUGUAUGUUAUCGUUUUUGUACUUUUUAUUUAUUUAUUUAUUAUGUGUACGACAUUUGUCAUUAGGCAUUGCCAAUUUUUAAAAUGUGUAAUUUAUACUGGGUAAUAAUUCUGGAGCACACUUUGUUUGACACAGUCUCCUGCUGCUGAUAUUGGGUGUGGUACGCAUUGCUGCAGAAUGCACAGAAUACAUAGGGGCUCCCUUCUUCUCUGAUGCAGUACCAAUGAUGUGCAGUGUGUGGCGCUGUCUCAUCACACCAUUCAAUACCUGAGUAUUUCAUAUGUACCCCAACACCUCCUACCCCUCCCCUUCUUGGUCUGUCCAGGAGCAGCGCUGACGUCUUUUCAUUCAUUGAAAUUUCUGCUUCAUUCAGUUUUGUAGAGCUGUGCGUGUGUGCGGGGGUGGCUGGCAUACAGAGGAAGGGAGAGCCUUGGGAAGACGUGGGUGGAUCCUUGGCCUGGGGAGGGAGAAGAGGGUGCCGUGUGUGAAUAUGGAAACAAAAUACAUAUACACACCACCUUACAACCUGCUCAGUCACAAAGGGAAUUAGAUUUGACAGGCUAUCUUAGAUUUAAUGUACUCUAUUGCAGCAGUGGUAUGAACAGAUUAUCCUGUCUUCUGUGAAGAACGUUUUCUCAGAUCUCUAAAAAGCACAAUGCACCCUCCUCCCCCUGUCAUUCAUUAUUGGUGCUUCUGUUAGGAUCUGUGGUUUAACUCAUUGCUUACAUUAGUAAUGUUUAUAAACUGGCUUAGCUAUAAUAGAUAAUCAUGAGAACUGUGUUUCUCAAAAAUGUCCUGAGGUCCUCCUUAACAGAUGCCUGUCUGAGCACAUCAGGCCUGCCUUUUGAAGACAUUAUUCAGAAACCGUGCUUGAUGCAGAGACUGAAAACUCUUACGGGAAUAAAAUAGAUAAUGUAAAAGCAAUCCUACUUCACUGUUUUAUUAGGAGAACAUUUCCAAUUCUCUGUGGUAUAAAAUGCUCUACCCUAAUUAACAAUUUUGGUCCCUUUGCAGAAAUCCACAUUUGUUGACUCAUGCCGCAUCAAGAAUUUAUAUGGUUGAUAGUGGUGUAACUUGCCGAGUUACUUUGGGCUUUCCUAGAAGCUGUGUUUGAAAUAAGAUGACAAGUUACACUUCCCCCCUUUCCACUUAAAUGUAACAUUGCCAUUUUUACAAAACAGCAAUGUUUUACAUUGAAGGUUAAAACCACAGGACCACUGUACCAAGACCACUUCAUUGAGAUGUAGUGAAGACAGUUUCAUUAUAAUAUUAAAUCAAAGAACCAAACCUGUGUACUCACCAUAGUUAAACACACUUCUCAUUUAUGUACUAUGUUUAAAGGACCUCUAUAGUGCCAGGAAAACAUAUUCGUUUUACUGGCAUUAUAGUGCCCUGUGGGUGCCCCUUCCCGCCGGGCUCUAGGGGGUGGGACGGGUUAAAUUUACCUAUUUUUCCAGCGCCGGGCGGGGGACUCUCCUCCUCCGCCUUCUCAUCAUCGGCUGAAUACACAUGCACGGCAUGAGCCGCGCGCGCAUUCUGCCAGUCAAUAGGAAACUGUUUAUAGAAGAAAGGGUUAAUCCUAGCUGGACCUGGCACCCAGACCACUUCAUUAAGCUGAAGUGGUCAGGGUCCCUAUAGUGGUCCUUUAAGUCCGAGUGGCCUACAAAAACAUGAUUUGUAAAGGUUAGGAACGUUAUAAAUUUCCACCAGAGUGGUGGUGUAAAAUAUUUUCCACAGGAAAAGUGAAAUUUUCACGUGUUGGUGACAACAGGAAGGUGCACUUUGCGCUUUCCAUUCCUAUUCUACUAGUGAUAGUAAUUUCUAUUUUGGACAUAAUCCUGCCUCCUCUUCUACGAUUUUUUUUUUUUUUCUUGCUCCCCUAUAGGGAUGUUGGAAUACGACCCAGCUAAGAGAUUCUCAAUUCAGCAGAUCCGCCGACACAAGUGAGUCCCGUGUUGCUUUGAAGUCUUGUAUUUGUAAAAAAAAAAAAAAUUGUACAGUAUCUUUUUAUACUUGGGUACAUACUAUACACCUUUCUUUUCGUUCCCUUCAAUCAGCUUUCCUUUCUCUCUUGACAACACUUCUUCGUAUCCAUUAUAUUUUCAACCUUUUACUCUAAUUUAUCUAUUGUUAGUCUUUAGCAAAUAUGUAUUCCUCUACCCAAUUCUUUUUUUUGUUUUUUUUUUUUGUUUAUUGUUGAAAAGCAUUUCCCUUUCUCUUUUUAGUCCACGUCCUUUCCUUUUCAAAUUUUCUCCUCUUGCCAUCUUCAUCUUUCAUCUUCUUGCCAUAACUACGUUAUCCUCUAUUACUUUUAGCCUCAUUUGUGUGUUCUCUUCUUAUAUUCAUUUUCCGCAAACCAUGCUCUUUCUGCAUAUUUUUUUUCCCCAAAGGGCACUGUAAGAAUAGUGAGCUCCCAAAUGCUGAUAUUCCAUGCAUACUGAGAUUCGUUAAAGCUCCUUCUCCACCACUCUUUCAUGUUCUCUUCUCCUGACGUCUGAGCAACAGGAAUAGCCUUGAACUGUAUCCCUUUCAUUUCUCCUUUCCAAUGCUGCAUACAAGCGUAUAGUCAUCAUCGAAUUGUUUAUCUCACUGAAUGCUGCAUGCAGCUUUUAGUGUAUGAUUAAGCAUCAUGCUUGCAGCCUUAAUUUAUUUUGUGUCUAACGGACUGCUUUCUGUCUCAGCUAAAUAUCCAUUUCAUCAUUAUUUCUGCAAUUUCGGGAUUGUAGAGAGGAUAUAUUUGUGAUUCACUGAAAUGAAGAGUGAUCCCUUCAAUAUUACUUCCAUUAGAGGUGUUCUUUAUGGAGCCAGCCUUUGUAGGUCAUAUAGUAUUAGACAUUAGUGUUCUGUACAAGACUACUGUCCUGCAUGCACCUGGUUCUAAAAGAACGCACUAAGUUAUUCUAGUGUGAUUUGAUCUUUCAAGGCAGCCCAGAGCAGUGAUUGAGUUGGACACUGGAUUAAAAGUUACUGCUGGAGAUUACGAUUUAGGUUUAGAAUUAGAAGUUGGUGAAGUUUUUGCAUAAGCGGUAGUAGUUACUGUUGUAGAGAUAAGGAAUUCAAUAAAGUUUAAGUGUAGAUGUUAAGUUAAAUCUAAGAUUUUGGGCCAGAGGCAUUCUGGAGUUUAAAAAAAAAAAAAAGUGUUUUUUUUUUAAUAUAAAUUAUACAGAUAAUGCAUUAAAAGUAUUGCAAAAUAGACUGCCUGCUGCAGGCAAACCUGUCUCACACUAGGAUGAUAUUCUCUUAUUUAGGAGUGAGGUUCUAUGGCAAUAAAACAAGAAAAAUGUCUGGGUAGGCUUGAUGAAGAAAGAGUAUGAAAUCCAAAUUAUAAUUUUUUGUUUUUCUGAAUGUUUAUAAAGGGGCUCUGAUGUUUGGAAGGUAUUGACCAUAGCUAAAAUGAUGAUGAUGGUUUUUAUCUUGUGGUGGUGUUUUUUUUUUGUUUUUUGUUUUCAAGAAUAUUUGGUGGUGUUUGUUAGUGGGUGGUAGGAAGUCAGAGAACUUUUAUGGUUGAUGAUGAAAUGUGUAAAAGGCUUGCAGAAGUGUAAAAACCAGUAUGCAGACUUUUGGGGAAUUUGUGCUUGUUUAUUGAAUGAGGAAUGGUUGCUUUGGCAUUUAGGGCGUAUAAUCAGAUAUUUCAGCUCGGAAGUCAUAUUUCUCUUUUUUAUUGUUGUAAUGGUUGGAUGCUACUCGCAAUGAAGGUACAUAUAGUUAAAGGAUUAGUUCAACCAAAAAAUACUUUAUUUUGGCUUAACCCUGCCUCCACCCUUGGAAAAUAAAGAAAAUCUAGGUGUAGUUACAUCUCUGGUAGCAGAAGAGUUUAACUUUGUAUAUGCAUUGUUUAAUGGCAAAAUGCUGCGGCACCAUAACCACUUUAAAUCUGUGAAGUGGUCAUGGUACUUGGAGAAUCAUUUCAAGGGAUUACAUAUGAAAAAGGCUAUCAAGUGUAAAAUCAUAAUUUACAGUGUGCAAACUGGGGAUUGGGUGGUGGGUGGGGGUUAGAGUGGUGUUCAUAAGGUGUUUCUUGGCUAAGAAACUGCAGACUAAAUUACCACUUAUGAAACAUUAUCUUCUGAGCUCUACUGCUAAUACAAACUUUAAGCGUUUUUUUUUGUUUUCACAUAUAUUUUUAUUUUUUAAACAAAAAGGGAAACGUGGUAUGUUAUAUAUAGACAAUUUGAGGGAUAUAUAUAUAUAUAUAUAUAUAUAUAUAUAUAUAUAUAUAUAUAUAUAUAUAUAUAUAUUUACAGUAGUGAUAACAAUUCUAAAAACGGAGCAUUCAAUUUUGUAUCCAUGGUGACUGGUUCUAAUGCAUGCUCCACAUUUAAAACUUGCCCCAGAUUUUCUCUUUUUAGUUAUACAGAAGCCUUGUCCUAUUUCAUUGCCACCACAAGUGUGUCUUGAGAUAUUGCACCAGUCUUUUUUUGACUAGAGACAUCUCAAGCUUUCCGAACAAUGACCAUCUUUGAGGCUGCCCGAACUCCACCCAUGUGCUAAGUUAGCAAUUAUCUAAAUAUUUCUAUAAUUGUAGAGCUGUUAAAUACGCCAGUCUCUUUUCUCUCUUUUUUCCCCCCAUUUCAAAGGGAUAUAUAUCUUAAAAUUGUCCUCUCUACCUCAUCUGUUAUUGUUGCAUUCAUUCAGUUCUGUUUCUUCUCUCUCUUUCUCACAUUUCCCUGUCUCAUUCUCUCUAGCUACACCUUUCUCAAGCCCUCUAUUUGCUCUCCCUCUCUAUUACUGUUCUUCCUCCCCAUUACUGUUCUUCCUCCCCCCUCCUUGGUGACAGGGUUCUUAUAAGACAGUGUGUGACUCAUCCGUUGUGCGUGAAGUGAUGUGCAGAGUAACUGUGUGCCCCCCCUCCCUCCAGUUGCCAUAGCAACUGGGUCACCUCUCUGUAUGCUUCUUUCCAUCAGAGAGAAUAGAGGGAGCGAGUAAAAGCGAAAAAAAUAUAUAUUUUCUUGACUGUAAGCUCGCAGGAACCUUAGCGCAGCAUUUCCUAUUUCUGUCAACAUUUGGUCCCCUAUUUUUAGACCUGUAGAAAUAGGACUGCAGUUGCUAAUUAAAUAGCAGGAUGUGGGGAAGGAACAAUGUAUCUACGUGCCCGUAAUUAACAUAAACCCUCAAGUAUACAUUUCACACUUUGGAGCAGAACAUGACCGUCAAUAUUAUAGCUGUUUGUUAAACAUGUCUGCACAAGUUGGAGAAUCAUUUAGCUACAAUUUGACAUGAUGGUGAUGGGAGGUCCUUAAAAUAAGUCCUAUUACCCACCCAGAAAGGCUUAGGUGCUAAGUUUUAAACCUGGGCUAUGAGUGUACAUUUGGAUUAUAAUUGCUAAUAUCCACAGGGGUGUCCACUACAGAAUUUGUGAGAUUGGGAGUCCAUGUUUUGGCCAGUCACAUUUAGGCCCCAUUUAAAUCAUAGGUAAAUUAAAUUGAUAUCUGCUACAUAUUCCACAGCUUUUUUUUUACAGUGAGGAUUUAAGACAACAGCAAGUAAGAGACUGGUUAAUGAAAAGAAUAGAUGGAGAGAACCAAAUUAUCUCCAACCUGCAUGCUUAUAAAUUGAUAACCUAACCAAAGGAUGCUCAUUUAAAAAUUUAAAUCCCCAAAUAAACAAAAGAAAAACACAACUUGGCAUUCUUCGGAGUAAUUAAAUUACUCUUUGUAUCAUUUUUUUCCAGUUGGUUCAGAAAGAAGCAUCCCCAAAUGGACCCCCUAGUCCCUAUUCCCCCUAGCCCAGAAACAAAGGACCGCUGGAGGAGUCUGACUGUUGUGCCUUAUCUGGAAGAUCUGCACGGGUACAGUGAGGAUGAGGACCUAUGUGAUUUGGAGGACGAAAUCAUCUACACACAGGAUUUCACAGUGCCAGGUAAAAGCAAAUAAUGCUUGACUGUGCCACAUAUGAGAAAGAUGUUGGCACAGAGAACAGAUCAAACUAUUUGGCUAUCAGUCCCUAUUGUUGUCACAGAUUGAUUUCCUGCACAGUAAAAUCAUCAAUAUUACAUGUACUAACCAUAACUGGCUUACUCUGAGCACACUACAUUACAGUAUUUCUCAGUUACUCCUUUACUACUUCAAGCAUUAAAAAAAAAAACAUUGCACAUGCCUCAGAAAGUAUCUGGAAUUAACAUUCUCUGCACCUGUGAGUCAGUUGGCUGCUUAGGCUCCUCUGCCUUUCCAGAAAAAUUAACUGGCCUGCUACGUGAGGCCUAAAUAUCUAGUAUUUGUUUCACUGGAAAGCAGAAAUAGUUGUCAUACCACACGUGAGCAAUAUAUUUUACUUGAUACAUGCCAGAUGACAUGAUAUAUCUAGCUGAGAACGUAGUCAGGCCACCAGCUGUAGACAAAAGGGGACAAGGCAAGAGGCAAACUCAAAGAUAAGAAUCUUGGACAGCAGCCCCCAAAACCUCUCAAGAACAUACCAUGACACAGAUAGGUGGUUAAGGAAAUUCACUCUCUUAAACACACCUACUCCUACACACUACUGCAUAUUUGUGGAUCCAUACAUGCACUACUACCACCGUUAUUACAUACACACACUGCUGCACACACACGCAAACACAUGCAAACACUCACAUGGCAUAAUAUAUGCGUGUAUUCACUUUUUUUUUUUUUUAAACAUAUUUUAAUGAUUACAGUAGGUUUUUUUUUUUCUGUUUUGUGUCCCCCGCCCCCUCCAAGUUGUUGCUUUUCUAUAGAUUAGCAGAGUUGGAAGGGUUGGGGGCGCUUGAGGAUUCAGUGCCUACAAAUACUCAUGUAAAUUCGUGCCUACAAAAAGAUACCUUUUAGUUGUACAGACAGAAGGGCUUUGUAUAAAGACAUGCCAGUAUAAGACUGACUUAUAUGCAUGGUUUAAAAUAGAGAGCGAUUGAAGAAAGUUACGUACAUUCAAUAUGAACUACAAGACCUUUUUUGGCAUAUGAAGAUGAAGUUUAAGGGGAGAGGGAGAAAGAAAAAGACAGAGUGUAACUGCAAAUGCAUGGAUAGAACCAGAAUUGGUUGAAACGUAAUAGGAAGAACUCAGUUUCGAGUCCUAUGCUACGAGCCAGGCUUAAGUUAAUUGCCUCUGCAAGCCAGGAGAGUCCAUGGCAGACUCACAAGGGCUGACUUUUUUUUUUUUCCACCAAUGACUUGUGCAGCGUGGAACAACAAUAUCCAAUAAUUCUAAAUAUGAGCACCAUAAAUGAACAAUUCUUAAAUGCAGCAAGUGCCGAACACGCAUCCAAGCUUCCCCAUAGUGGUGGGUUUACUUGUCACGUGACUUUGUCAGUGCCGCAGUAGUGCUAGAGGUGAAUUUAACUGUUACAUUGCAAAACUAAAGAAUGACUGCACCCAGACCACUUCAUUGAGGUAAAGUGGCCUGGGUAAAUUUAGUGGUCCUAUAAAAAUACAGAAAGGAGCAUGCACUACCAGCUCAUCAAGAAGAUAGACAAAACUUACUAAUAGGCUAACUUUUUAAUCUUAAUUUCAUAUUCUUAAAAUCAGUAAGCCAAAAACGUCACACGAAGCAAGCAGAGAAUAAGCCUAUUUGGUAAAACGUAAGAUUUUGCUGCCCCUGCUUGCGUCAUCUGAUGUGCUUGAUUUACUGAUUUUAAAACUUUAGCCUACCGAAGAGUUUUCUAUAUUUUUCUUGGAGGGCUGGGAGUGCAGGACUUUUUUUUUGUUUCUUUUUAAGGUUCACAUGAAUAAAACGUAUUUACAUAUAGUUGUCUUAAUAAACAAAAUAAAAGUAUACAUAUGCACAUGUACACCGUGCCACAUGAAAUGCAGUUAUUUUUUUUUUUUUUAAUAGACUGGUAACUACAUUCAAGUUGAUUUAUACUCACCCUAUCUAUCGUAACUUUUUAAAAUCUUCUCUCCCAUCACGAAUCAGGACAGGUGCCUGAGGAGGAUUUGUUUGCACAGAUGCAGAGCCAUGUUCCCUCCAAACAAGUGUGUAUGAAUGGCACAGAGAGCCAACUUAAGGCAGAAAGGAGGGUCAGCUCUGCAUCACAACGCAAGACUAGCACUGCGGGGAGCAAAGUACGCAAAUUAUCAGCCUGCAAACAGCAGUGACCAUAGGGAUCCCUUUGUAAGGUAAGGAUUUACCACCCAGCAAAAUAAUGUAGUUUUUGUGAUGACAAAGGUAGGGGUGACAUAAAUUCAGUACGCAACCUUACUGUACAAAAAAAUAACUGCUUACAAGCCUAAGAUCUCACCAUUUUCCAAUAAACCAAUAGAAAGAUUUAUAGUGUACAAAAAAAUUGCCUAUUGGAUGUAAUGAAAGAUUGAGUACUUGGUGGAAAAUAUGAUUGAUAACAUGACAUGCAUGGGUAGUCAAAAGCUCUGGUCUGUUAAACUAGACCCCAUGAUACACAUCCAGGUUGCGUGUCAAGAGUAUUAGUGUAGCAUAAUGCUGGAAAAGUAGCUUUUUAACUACCCCACUUUUUCAUUAUUUGCUUUUUUACUUUGUUGAGCCAGUGUGUGUUUGCAAGUUGAAGCGGUCUCCUUGUACUUGGACUCAUUCUCUUUAAUGUUCUUAUUAGUGAUAUUGCAGAAGGUCUUGAUGGUAAGGUAUGUCUUUUUGCUGAUCAUACAAAAAUAUGUAACCGGGCCGAUGUUCCAGGAGGGAUAAGCCAAACGGCAAUUGAUUUAGACAAGCUAGAAGAAUGGUCAGAGUUGUGGCAACUGACAUUUAAUGUGGAUAAGUGCAAGAUAAUGUCUUGGACGUAAAAAUCCAGGGGCAGAGUACAGAAUAUUUGAUCGUCCUAACCUCAAAAUCUGAGGAAAGGAAUUUAGAGGUGAUUAUUUCUAAUGACUUAAAGGUAUGCAGACAAUGUAACAGAGCUGCAGGAAAUGCUAGCAGAAUGCUUGGUUGUAUAGGCAGAGGUAUUAGCAGUAGAAGGAGGGAAGUGCUCAUGCCAUUGUACAGAACACUGGUGAGACCUCACUUGGAGUUUAGUACGUAGUACUGGAGACCGUAUCUCCAGACGAUAUUGAUACUUUAGAGAGAGUUCAGAGAAGGGCUGCUAAGCUGGUUCAUGGAUUGCGGGAUAAAACUUACCAGGAAAGGUUAAAGGAUCUUAACAUGUAUAGCUUGGAGGAAAGGCGAUACAGGGGGGAUAUGAUAGAAACAUUUAAAUACAUAAAGGGAAUCAACACAGUAAAGGAGGAGACUAUAUUUAAAAGAAGAAAAACUACCACAAAAAGAGGACAUAGUCUUAAAUUAGAGGGACAAAGGUUCAAAAAUAUCAGGAAGUAUUACUUUACUGAGAGGGUAGUGGGUGCAUGGCAUAGCCUUCCAGAAGUGGUAGAGGUUAACUGAGAGGGUAGUGGGUGCAUGGCAUAGCCUUCCAGAAGUGGUAGAGGUUAACACUGUAAAUGAGUUUAAGCAUGCGUGGAAUAGGCAUAAGGCUAUCCUAACUAUAAGAUAAGGCCAGGGACUAAUGAAAGUAUUUUAGAAAAUUGGGCAGACUAGAUGGGCCGAAUGGUUCUUAUCUGCCGUCACAUUCUAUGUUUCUAAAUUAACACUGGAACAAGGGAGAAGAGGACUACUUGAUUGAUUAUAAUAGAAAAUGUGAGUCUAUAUUUGUAAGGGUUUCCCUCAGCAGCAAGAAAUUUUGCUCUGGCUGAAUUAAAAAAAUAACAACUCAUACUGUGACAAGCUUAGAUUGCUUUUUACUAGCUAGCUGUUUUUUCCAUUCUUUAUACAGAAUAUGGUGCAGGGGAAACUCCUGCAUUAUGGAUCCGCUUUCUUCCACUUUACAAAUGUAGAGUCUUUUUAUUUACAAGCAUAGAAUGAUUCUUUUAAUGCAAGAAGCCCUUUUUUGGGUUUAAUAAGUACAAACAUUCUCCCUAGUAGUUUGUGAAUGUUGAAGGUUCUCAUUUCCCUAUGGGAGGAGGAUAACUGGCGAGUAAACGUGUUUGAUACAUCCCUAUAGCGGGAGAAUGUUACUCCAGGAGCAGCACUGAAACGGUUAGAAAUCAUUAACAUGUAUACCAUGUUCUUUCCCCACUUCCCUAUAGAGGUAUGGGGGAGGGUCAGAUCAUGCGCCUGGCACUGAGGCAGUGUGGGCGGCUUUAGGAAGGAGAGGCGUCAGAAGAGAUAAGUCUGAAUAAGAGGUGUCUUCAUUCACAUCCUACAGAGAAUGAGUCACAACCACUUCCAAUAGCAGUGAGCCUUUACUGACGUGGAUUCCCCUCUAUCCCCCUCCAUAUCUAUUCUGUUUUUAUCUUUCAUCCUUUAUCGCUGUACUGUUUUUGUAACCCCUCCUCUACUCUCUGUCUCUGUAUGCCCUCAUUUCUUUCUCUUCUCACUGUACAAACUCCUUUAAAAUCCCAGUGUCAAUUCUUCUCUUUAAUUCCUUAACAUCCUUUUUUUUUUUUUUCGUAAUAUGAUCUCAAUCUUUGUUUUCUAUACCCUGGAAUCCUGAUAAUCUUCCUGUUUCCUAUAUUAGCAGUACUAAUUUCUUUGUUUUGUAAUCCUCUAAUAAUGGUCUACCAGCUGCUUUCUGUACUGGGUAUUUCUCUCAACCUCUUAUUUUUAACCUACCCACACUCUCGUGUAUUUGAAUUACUUCAGUCUCUUGUUUGUCACUGACAAUCAAGUUUUCAUUCAGAUAUUUCGUUCUUGUAAUGCCACAUUCUAAUUUGAACUUUUAGUUUUAUUUGUGUAUUUGCCUCCUUAGUAGUGGAAUACAUGAAUUAGUAUACCACAAUUGCACUAUUUCUUUAGUGUUUGUGAAAACUGUGAAAGACAAUCUGGUUGUCAGGGGAAUAGAAUAAAAGACUCUGUAGAGAGGAAAUAAGUGUCAGAACUGUUUUGAGCCCCCUUAAACGUGUUUGCAGGGAGGCCACAGCGGUCUGCCAAAAGAUCAUCUUUUCCCUUCCUAAUGUAAUCACUAUUUUUGUUUCAAAUUACUCGUGCCGUCUAUUUCUUUUCUGUAUUUCUUUCUCUGUUAAAGAUGCACUCUAAAUAUCAUAACUAUUACAAUUAAUUGAAGCCAUUGUGGUGGUAUGAGUCUAUUGGUGCAUCUCCAACUGUUCUGUCAUACUGUUUUGUAGUGGUUUGACAAAAGGUUCUUCUAGACAUCCAUAGCCUGCUCCAUCUUUAGCUCCUCUGAUAAUGGGGGAAUUAGACCUAUUCAUUAUCUAGUGUAAGUCCUACCAACCUUGCACAGCAUUGAUGGGUUGAGAGGCAAGAGUGGGUUAGACUCCUAACGCCAUAAUCACAGCAAUGAUCUUAUAGUGGUUAUUGUGCUUAAAUUGUCUAUUUAACACAUUUGAACUCUUGCACAAAUCCUUUUUAAAAAAAAAAAAAAAAAUUUAAAUCGUUAAAGGACCACUAUUGUGCCAGUGCCUUGAGGGUGCACCAACCCUCAUGGCCCCCUUCCCACCGGGCUGAAGUUGGAGGAAGGGGUUAAACACUUACCUUUCUCCAGCGCCGGGCUCCCUCGGCACUGGGGACUCUCCUCCUCCUUUGGCCGCGCGCGCAUUCAGUCAGUCCGUGGGAAAGCAUUCUCAAUGCUUUCCUAUGGACGCUGGCGUCUUCUCACUGUGAAAAUCACAGUGGGAAGCGCCUCUAGCGGCUGUCAAUGAGACAGCCACUAGAGGCUGGAUUAACCCAUAUGUAGAGUAGGAUAAGCUUGAGUAGGAUAAAUAAACCUACUUUUAAUUAGUCCAUAAAAUGUCGACGUUUCAGCUCCAACACAGAGCUUUCAUCAGGACAAACAACAAACUUAAGUUUCACUCAUCCUACUCAAGUCCUCAGAGUGUAGUUUAGCCUACAACUUUGCCAAAACCAGCACCGGGCAUUAUCACGAUUACCAGGAGUGCAAGACACUCUUUGGAUUAGCCGUAUUAGUGCAGUAGAUUGAUCAGUAUUGCCUCAGACCUGAGGAAGAAAGGAAAACUCUGGAAAGCUUGUCUUUGAAAUAUUAUGUGAGUCCAAUAAAAAAGGUGGUAUUGCAUGCUGCAAUACUCUGGUAUUUUGGAUAUAUAUAUAUCUCUAUAUAUAUAUAUAUAUCUCUGUUUUACAAUGGCUCGCACUUACGACCAGGCGUAAGUCUAUGUUUGGGGGGGUUCCCUGCUCUGGUGCUUUCGUCUAUGUUCGGGGAAGUUUCCCUGAACAUAGACGAACACACCAGACCAGGGAAUCCCUUAGUGUGUGUGUUUUAUAUCCCCUACUGGUAAGAAUAGCUAGUGUGAAUUGUGUUUUGUUGUUACAUGUCUAAUCAUCUUGAUUGGUGCUUUCUUCCUGUCAGCUCACAUCUGGAGACUUCGGCCCCCUCAGUCUCCACGGGAAGAAAGAAUAUGCUCCACUGA